AUUUGUUAAAAUUUCGGUUGUUGUGGCAAAAAUAAACGCCGCCGUCAUAGGAUAUGAUAGAAAACGAAACCUAAAUUCUGGGGAAGUCGGCGACGGCGAGCUCACGUUUUAGCAAUAAAGUAUUCCGGGCAGCCCCGUUUUAGAGAAGGCAGAAUCUUUCUUUUUAUCACCAUCAACUUUUCCAGCUAUGGCAGCUAAGGUUGUCGCACAAUUAGUUGUGAUGGGUUCUAGUAUUUUAGCUCGCGCCUUUGUUCAAGCCUACCGUCAAGCUCUCACAAACGCCUCAAAAUCUGGUGUUGCCCAAGAGACUAUUCAAAACACAAUCCGACGAGGGAGCAAAGUCAUGACAGAGCAAGAGGCCCGUCAAAUUCUCGGUGUAACAGAGGAAACUGCUUGGGAGGAGAUUCUGAAUAAAUAUGACAAUUUAUUUGAGAGAAAUGCCAAGAAUGGUAACUUUUAUAUUCAAUCAAAGGUUCACAGAGCCAAGGAACGUUUAGAGACUGUAUAUGAAGGCAAAGGCGAGACCCCUAGUUAAGAAUCCGAUGAUCUCUACAUACUGCCACAUGUAUUACUAUUUAUUCAUGAUCAGAUGAGAUUUAAAUUGCAUAGAGAAGAAUGAUUUUUUUUUUUACCUUAUAAGCUUAAUUACUAGUUGAAACUUGUUUCUAGUUACAGAAGUAUAAUCCGGUGAUUGCAAGAGUCAAUUGGCGAUUGUUGCAAAAGUCGCGAGUAUCUGCAUUGAUAUGAUCAAACAUUACAUUGAUCAAAUUUUGAAAAGAAAAGCCAUUAAUAGGCUAGCCAGUUUCUUA